AUGGCUUCUCAAGGAGCUAAGCAUGACGUUGUCACCGGAAAGCGUGAGAUCAAACUCUCAGAGAAAAUGAAGGGCAACGACGGUUUAGGCAAGAGGCUCCUAAGUGGUGGCGGACGAGGCCGUGACAGAGGCGGUGCAUCGGCGGCUCCAAAGAAGAAGAAGCUGAAUGCGCCGGAGGCCGAAGAGCCAGCAUCUAAGCCAAGCCAAGUCGCCGCGGCAUCUAAGGACGAGGAACGCGAGGCUAAUGCGAUCUUAGGCGAGAUUGUGGCGCAAGAGGACUUCGAAGAUACUGAAGAGGAUGCAAACGACACGACACGUAAUGACAACGGCGCGGGCAAAUCAGGGGGUGCCCCUAAAACAACAUCUGUGGCUGCAAUAAACGAAGAGGAAGAGCGUACAAAACGACUGGAACGCGCGGAGGAGAGCCCUUUGGGCGCCAUUAACAGGUCUUCACCCCUGGGCAACCCGCCUCCGUCGACUCGCCAGGGCGCUGAAGAGAGCGAGAUUGAGGCGUUGAAGCGACAGCUUCGGGAGCGUAACUUACAGUAUGAACGUCUGCAGCGGCAGAUGGACAGAGGGGGCGGAGGCUCACGCGAAGAGCGAGGUUCCGCUAGAAACGUGUGUGUGGCACACGACAAUGUUAGUCGGGAAAAACAGAUGGCGGCUCCACGAACACCGCCUGCUGCUCCUCGUGUAGCACCGGCCAUUCAACGCCCGUCAUCUCUAAUCUCCAGUCGCGACCCGGAGGACGUUGAAGGGCGUCCUGGUCCGAACGGCAAGCGCAAGCGCAACUUCCAUGUGGUUGGGGACAGCAAGCAUCGUCGCCUGCAGCUAUAUGCACCGGGUGACGCCAUUCCAAGGAGAGACCAGGAGCUCAUGUGCAAGCUUCCAGCCAACGGAAAGCCAUGGGCUGUCCGUACUCUGCUUCAUCCUCCCUGCUGUGCUACUCCCCGCUACAUCCUCCCUGCUGUGCUACUCCCCGCUGCAUCCUCCCUGCCGUGCUACUCCCCAGUAAAAUCCUCCCUGCUGUGCUACUCCUCGCUACAUCCUCCCUGCUGUGCUACUCCCCGCUGCAUCCUCCCUGCUGUGCUAUUAUUUCUUAACCCCGCCCCCUUGAUGUCAAUCCUUGCUUCCCCCUCAUGUUGUUACUACUGUGCUCCCCUCCCGGCUGUUACUCCUGCGCACCUCUCCUUGCUGAUACUCCUCUCCUCCCUUCCCAGCCGUGGCUUCAGUCCUCCCUUCCCUGCUGUGGUUCCUCUGCUCCCUUCCCUGCUGUGGUUCCUCUCCUCCCUUCCCUGCUAUGGUUCCCAUGCUCCCCUCCCUGAUAUGGUUCCUCUCCUCCCUUCCCUGCUGUGGUUCCCCUGCUCCUCUCCCUGCUGUGGUUCAUCUCCCCCCCUCCCUGCUGUGGUUCCCCUGCUCCCCUCCCUGCUGUGGUUCCUCUCCUCCCUUCCCUGCUGUGGUUACCCUGCUCCCUUCCCUGCCGCGGUUCCUCUCCUCCCUUCCCUGCUGUGGUUCCUCUGCUCCCCUCCCUGCUGUGGUUCCUCUCUUCCCUUCCCUGCUGUGGUUCCCAUGCUCCCUUCCCUGCUAUGGUUCCCCUCCUCCCUUCCCUGCUGUGGUUACCCUGCUCCCCUCCCUGCUGUGACUCCUCUCCUCCCUUCCCUGCCGUGGUUCCCCUGCUCCCCUCCCUGCUGUGACUCCUCUCCUCCCUUCCCUGCCGUGGUUCCCCUGCUCCCCUCCCUGCUGUGGUUCCUCUCCUCCCUUCCCUGCUGUGGUUACCCUGCUCCCCUCCCUCCUGUGGUUCCUCUCCUCCCUUCCUUGCUGUGGUUCCCCUGCUCCUCUCCCUGCUGUGGUUCCUCUCCUCCCUUCCCUGCUGUGGUUCCCCUGCUCCUGUCCCUGCUGUGGUUUCUCUCCUCCCCUCCCUGCUGUGGUUCCCCUGCUCCCCUCCCUGCUGUGACUCCUCUCCUCCAUUCCCUGCUGUGGUUCCCCUGCUCCUCUCCCUGCUGUGGUUCCUCUCCUCCCCUCCCUGCUGUGGUUCCUCUCCUCCCCUCCCUGCUGUGGUUCCUCUCCUCCCCUCCCUGCUGUGGUUCCUCUCCUCCCCUCCCUGCUGUGGUUCCUCUCCUCCCCUCCCUGCUGUGGUUCCUCUCCUCCCCUCCCUGCUGUGGUUCCUCUCCUCCCCUCCCUGCUGUGGUUCCUCUCCUCCCCUCCCUGCUGUGGUUCCUCUCCUCCCCUCCCUGCUGUGGUUCCUCUCCUCCCCUCCCUGCUGUGGUUCCUCUCCUCCCCUCCCUGCUGUGGUUCCUCUCCUCCCCUCCCUGCUGUGGUUCCUCUCCUCCCCUCCCUGCUGUGGUUCCUCUCCUCCCCUCUCUGCUGUGGUUCCUCUCCUCCCCUCCCUGCUGUGGUUCUUCUCCUCCCCUCCCUGCUGUGGUUCCUCUCCUCCCCUCCCUGCUGUGGUUCCUCUCCUCCCCUCCCUGCUGUGGUUCCUCUCCUCCCCUCCCUGCUGUGGUUCCUCUCCUCCCCUCCCUGCUGUGGUUCCCCUGUCCCCACAUCUGCUCUUACCCCAAGCUUGGAGCACUGCAAUUCCACCAUUCAUCUCCUCUAGACGUGCACUGA